AUGAUUCCAAUCUACCAAACGAGAACACCGAAAAAACCAAAUUCAGCUCCACGUAAGAUAGCCAAAGUACGAUUGAGCAAUCGACAUGAUAUAUUUGCUCACAUUCCGGGCGAAGGUCAUAAUUCGCAGGAACAUUCUAUGGUGUUAAUAAGAGGAGGUAGAGUGAAAGAUUUGCCAAGUGUUAAAUCCCAUUGUAUUCGAGGAGUCAAGGAUUUGUUGGGAAUUCCGGAUCGAAGAAGAGGCAGAUCCAAAUCGGAGAACGAGAAUGCAACAUACACUUCCCUAGGAAAAUUUUGA